GCCCCCGAGGAGGUGAGGCGAGCGUCUGCUUGUUCAACCGCGACCAAAAAGAAACGGAUUCGGGACGUGAUUUUGACAGCGUUUGAGGACGAGAUAAAGUGUCAGGGGGGUGAAAAAAGAAAGAAAGAAACCGUUCCGAAUCAUUUAAAAAGCUGUUUUUUUCCGCUUUUUUUUGGAUGAGAAUUUCGGCUAAGCGAGGAAGCUAGCUAAGUUAGCAUGGCAGCCAGCUAGCUAAACUUUUAGCCUACUUCGCGAGCGCGAGACACGAACGAACGAAUAAUAAAUAAACGCACUAAUAAAUAAGUAAAAUGUUUGGCUGUAAUUCUCUUUAUAGCUAGUUGAGACGAAUUUCCGGACGCCAACGAGAUACCGUGUCAGUACAGUAAGCUAGCUCUGUCGGUCUGUCAGCGGUGAGGACUGACCCCUGAGUCCGGUUUUGAGUCGCUGUGAGACGGUAGAGCCCCUGAAACCCGGGGCGGUCCCCUUUUCCCACUCAUUCUCUCUCUUUCUGAACGCACAAAACACCACCGCAUUUCUGGACGGAAAUAUUGACCAAACGGCACAUUUGCCUUGUGCCUGGGAAUUUCUUUGGAUUUCUUUCUCGCAAAGCCGGACUUUUCUUCUUCUGUGAGCCGGGGAAGGAACCGGACAGAGAGCCUCAUGAAUGGAAAUCGGAACUUCAGGAGUCGUUGGGGCCCAGUCCCUAUUCUCCAUGCCCCGGAGACCUGGCUAUGGCACCAUGGGGAAGCCCAUCAAGCUGCUGGCCAACUGCUUCCAGGUGGAGAUCCCCAAGAUGGAUGUCUACCUCUACGAGGUGGACAUUAAACCCGAGAAGUGCCCACGCCGAGUCAACAGAGAAGUGGUGGACUCCAUGGUGCAGCACUUUAAGGUGACCAUCUUCGGGGAUCGCCGUCCAGUCUAUGAUGGAAAGAGGAGCCUGUACACAGCAAACCCACUUCCUGUGGCCCCUGCAGGGGUGGACCUGGACGUCACGCUGCCAGGAGAAGGGGGCAAAGACAGGCCUUUUAAAGUCACCAUUAAGUUUGUGUCUCUGGUUAGCUGGCACUUGCUGCACGAGGUGUUGACCGGACGCAGCAUGCCCGAGCCCCUGGAGCUGGACAAGCCCAUCAGCACCAACCCAGUGCAUGCGGUGGAUGUAGUCCUCAGACACCUGCCCUCCAUGAAAUACACUCCAGUGGGCCGCUCGUUUUUCUCUGCUCCGGAGGGAUACGACCAUCCUCUGGGAGGAGGAAGAGAGGUCUGGUUCGGCUUCCAUCAGUCCGUUCGUCCUGCUAUGUGGAAGAUGAUGCUCAACAUUGAUGUGUCCGCCACGGCCUUUUACAAAGCACAGCCAGUCAUCCAGUUUAUGUGUGAGGUCCUGGAUAUCCACAACAUCGACGAGCAGCCUCGCCCCCUCACCGAUUCUCACCGAGUCAAGUUCACCAAAGAAAUCAAAGGUCUUAAAGUGGAGGUGACACACUGCGGAACCAUGCGGAGGAAGUACCGAGUGUGUAACGUGACCCGCCGACCUGCCAGCCAUCAAACGUUCCCCUUGCAGUUAGAAAAUGGCCAAACGGUGGAACGAACAGUCGCUCAGUAUUUUAGAGAAAAGUACAACCUGCAGCUGAAGUACCCUCACCUGCCGUGUCUGCAGGUCGGCCAGGAGCAGAAACACACCUACCUGCCCCUGGAGGUGUGUAACAUCGUAGCAGGGCAGCGAUGCAUCAAGAAACUGACUGAUAAUCAGACGUCCACUAUGAUCAAAGCCACGGCUCGCUCCGCACCCGAUCGCCAGGAGGAGAUCAGCAGAUUGGUACGCAGCGCCAACUACGAGGCCGACCCGUUCGUUCAGGAGUUCCAGUUCAAAGUUCGGGACGAGAUGGCUCACGUGACAGGUCGGGUGUUGCCCGCGCCCAUGCUGCAGUACGGGGGCAGGGUGAGCUCAGAGAACUUUCUGAAUCGGACCGUGGCCACGCCCAGUCAUGGCGUGUGGGACAUGCGAGGAAAACAAUUUCACACCGGCGUAGAGAUCAAGAUGUGGGCCAUCGCGUGCUUCGCCACGCAGAGGCAGUGCCGAGAGGAGAUCCUUAAGGGGUUUACAGAUCAGCUGCGCAAGAUCUCGAAGGACGCCGGGAUGCCCAUCCAGGGCCAGCCGUGUUUCUGUAAGUACGCACAAGGAGCCGACAGCGUGGAGCCCAUGUUCAGGCACCUCAAGAACACCUACGCCGGCCUGCAGCUCAUCAUCGUCAUCCUGCCCGGGAAAACACCUGUUUAUGCGGAGGUAAAGCGUGUAGGAGACACUCUUUUAGGAAUGGCCACUCAGUGCGUGCAGGUGAAGAACGUGGUCAAGACGUCACCGCAGACGCUCUCCAACCUCUGUCUAAAGAUCAACGUCAAACUCGGCGGCAUCAACAACAUCCUGGUACCACAUCAACGGCCGUCAGUGUUCCAGCAGCCCGUGAUCUUCCUUGGUGCAGAUGUCACACACCCUCCUGCUGGAGACGGGAAAAAGCCAUCCAUCGCUGCCGUGGUAGGCAGUAUGGACGCCCAUCCCAGUCGGUACUGCGCCACUGUGCGGGUACAGAGGCCACGGCAGGAAGUAAUCCAGGACUUGGCCUCCAUGGUACGUGAGCUCCUUAUCCAGUUCUACAAGUCCACCAGAUACAAACCAACUCGAAUCAUCUUCUACAGGGACGGUGUGUCUGAGGGCCAGUUCAGGCAGGUGCUGUAUUAUGAACUGCUGGCUAUCAGGGAGGCCUGCAUUAGCCUGGAGAAGGAGUAUCAGCCGGGCAUCACCUACAUCGUGGUGCAGAAACGCCACCACACCCGCCUGUUCUGCGCCGACCGCAACGAGAGGGUGGGACGCAGCGGGAACAUUCCUGCUGGUACGACUGUCGACACGGACAUUACACACCCUUACGAGUUCGACUUUUACCUCUGCAGCCAUGCUGGAAUACAGGGCACAAGUCGUCCGUCUCACUACCACGUGCUGUGGGACGACAACUGCUUCACAGCCGACGAGUUCCAGCUGCUCACUUACCAGCUGUGCCACACGUAUGUGCGCUGCACACGCUCCGUCUCGAUCCCCGCACCUGCCUACUACGCCCACCUGGUGGCCUUCCGUGCCCGCUACCACCUAGUGGACAAAGAGCACGAUAGUGCCGAGGGAAGCCACGUCUCUGGUCAAAGUAACGGCCGAGACCCCCAGGCUCUGGCCAAAGCUGUGCAGAUUCACCACGACACCCUGAGGACCAUGUACUUCGCCUGAGAGCCCUGAUUCAUCCCACUCGCUCGCCCACACACCUCCUCCUAAUUGCGGACCUGACACUGUGCGGCAGAAGCGGGGUGGGGGUUUGGGGGUUUGGUGGGGUGUAGUUCGGAGGGUCUCGUCAAAUCCCAAAUCAGGCCUGAUAGCUCACACCUGCUUUAUAUCCCACACCCAAAACUCAGCACUGUUAUGCAAUAUUAAACCAGCCAACCACGUUAUUUUAUUUAUUUAUUUCGGAGGAAGGUGACCCCUGCACCAAACAAAAGAAGGGAGUUCCCCCAACUCCACCCCUCGUCUGUCUGCUUAAUUUGUUUACCUCAUGGUUGUAACAGCAGCACUUUGACCGCCCAGUUUUUGCCGAACGACAUCCAAGAAAAGGCGACAGGAGUCAGGAAAGGGACGGGGUGGUUCGUCUUCUGCUCGACUGACGAGCAUCAGUCGUUUUGAAUUAUACUUUAGGAAUAUAUAUAAUGUUCACACAAUUUAUAAUUAUAAGUGCCACCCAUUAGGGCCAGAUAUUAUUACAAAGUUUUGUUUUUUUCUUGUUCCUUAGAGGUUUUUUUUUUUUUUUUCUUUCUUUCUCGUUUCCCGAGUGCCGAGUCAGUCUUUUUGCGGUGAUCCGGAUCACUGAGCUUUCACAUUUACUACAAUGCAAAGUGAUCUUUUUUUUUUUUUUUUUUUUUUUUUUUAAAUGUUUGUGUAUUAAAUUGUAGUUUUGUCUUGUUUGGUUUUAUUUUUAAUUGCUCCCUGUAUUUAUUUGCAGUCUUAGAUGAAUUUAGAAUUUUUUUUUCCCCCCUGUGUUCUGUUUUUUUUUUUUUUUUUUUUUUGUUUCUUUUUUUGUUUUAAAAACCAAGUAGAGGCCAUGUUAUAGGACAGAUUGUGAUAUUCUGGUUUUAGUGCAAUAAUUGAUCAGCGCCUAUGUAGAGUACAGCUUUCAGGAUCAUGUGAGAAUGGAAUUGGGGAUGAGAAUGUGAGGAAAAUGAAUAGGGGAUGGAGGGUUGGAGAAUAUUAGGUGGAAAACUUGUACGUCCGGCACUUUUACAGAUGUAAUGCGCAUAGUUAAAAAAAAAAAAGAAAAAAAAAAGAUCUCUCUAAUGAGGGUUCAAAUCAAGUGCCUGGUUUUAGAAAAGGAAUAUUUUCUAGAAGGGUUUUUUUUUCUUCUUCUUUUAAAUAAGGAUUUUAAGAAAACGGUUAAUGCAGUGCAUUACGAUGCCCAAGCACGCAAUUUAGCUGGAGUUGUGCGUUCUAAUAAGGUUCAGAGGCCACAACUUUAUUCAAUUGCAGAAAGCCAUGCUCUGUUCUUAAACUUCGGUUUUGUGAUGGAACAACGUUAAGACUUUCUUUCACUGAUCAGUAUUGCGUGGCCUUUAGGUCGUCUUUGGAUUCAGCACGAGUCCUUUAUGGGCUUGUAGCCCUCCCAGCUUUUUAAUCCUGCUCAGCAGAAACGUUGUAUACCAUCGCCUGCCACUUCUGAUCAGGAUCUAGCUGCUAUUGUUCAGGUUCCUUUGACGAGACUGACGGCGUGCUUCGGGGUUCCUUCGAGGACUAGAGAGAGAGAGCAAGGUGAUUACUCUUUUCGCCAGUAGAGGGCAGUAUGGAGUUGUACUCGCAGGCUCUCUCACCCCUUCUGAAGCACGAGCCGUUUUGUAGGCAGAGGGGACAGUAACCUGCACUAAUUAAAGCUAAAUAAAGCUUGGUGCUAUUCAGUGCGUCAUUUAUGGCGCACGCUACAGAGAUUUUGAUGUGAGGGUGGGAACAUAGAUUGUGCAAAUGGUGCUGGCUACAUAUCUCUUUCUGUUAGAGCAGACUUAUGUUUGGAUUGUGUUCGAUUAGGCGUGCUGAAGAGGACAAACGUGGUACCUAUGAUGCGUUAACCUCAAACCAGUUCACGUCAAGGUUAAACGGUUCCCAUAAUGGCGUUUAUCGAUUUUUAUUACUGGAAAAAUUUGACUUUCUUUCCAAUCCUGAGGUGACGUAUUUAUAACUUUUUUUUUUUUUGUUUGUUUGUUUUUAAAUUAUUUCCUCGACAAAAAAAAAAUUGAAUUGUACUGACUUUCUGAUGUUCCUAAAUACUAUAGACGAGUGGUAACAUUGCAAGAUUGUUAUGUAGAAACUAAGAAUGUGAUUUCAAGGCUGUCCUUUGUGUCUGAAGCAUCUUCAAGCAGAGAUGAUAGUGCAUGUGCUAAAGUUAAGCAUCCCAGUGAGCUUGAAUGCAUCACCAUCUAAUCAGGUGAUCCAGUGUAGUGUCUAAAGAUUUUUUUGUACCAAUCCCUUCUCUCAUUUUCAAAACAACACUGAUUCUUCUAGUCCCGGUUGUACCAAUAGUGAAUAAUGGAACCUGCUCAAUGUAAGCUUCGUUGCAGGUCAUUAGAAAUCAUCACAAGCAUGUCGGUGUGCUUUAGGGCAAUUUCAUGUCCAAUGUCCGCGUAUAAGAUCUGUGUUCAAUUUCAGCACCACACAUUCACAGCAUAAAAGACAUGACCGAAUCUGAUAAUCCCAUCCAGUGCUUAAAUCGUAUCCCUUAAAAUAACGGAACCACUAUCGGAGAUCUUCGGUUUUGUCCCAACGUGUCGAGUAUUUCCAAAUUGGUAUUUGAGGAACGUUCUGGUAGCAGAUGUUCGGAACAAAGCUGUGUAGCAUGACGGACCGGACGGUGCUCGGUGUGUAGCAGUUGUAUUCUGGUUUUCCUUCGGCGUGCUGGCUGACAGGUUUAUAUAUUUUUUUUGCUAUCCUUUUGUGAGGACCGAAGUCGACUCGAACCGCAUGCUCCGAACCCUUUUGCCCACUUUUCCAGUGUUUCGGUGUAAAAACGUGCGGAGCCAAAAGCGGUUAAAGUCCUUUAGAAAGUGCCUUUCCUCAUGACGGUGCUGAAGAAUCCGAAUUUAAGAGACAGAUCAAAUCGUUUUCGUUAUCAUAACUUGCACACAUGCAGACUCAUGCACAAGCUUUCAUUUACACAUUUUGAUCUGAAUAAUGAGGCACGGUGAAGUCUCUGUGUAUUUUCUGUUGUAACGAUGAUAUAUGCCGAGUAUAUAUAUAAAAUAUAAAUAUAUAUAUAUGUUAUUGAGCUCUGGGUUUUGUGUCAGGACCAGCGGGGAAAGUGCUGAGGAGGGGGAGUCGGUACAUAGUCUGACACGAAGAAAAAGGUCCAGCACAGCACUUUAAAUGCUGCCAACUAAACAAGAACUAAAGACGUGCUUGCUUCCUGAUUGUUUUUUUUUUUUUCCUGAUUAUAUGCCGGACAAAAUAAUCGUCAUUAUCCGGGCAUCCGGUGUAGGAGGAGGUUGCGUUGAUGUGGUGGCUGUAACGGGCAAUGUUUGCACAUCAAAGGUAGUGCAGUCUCACUAUUCAUUAUACUGUAUGCCUGCCAAUUAGCCCUGCCCACCAGGUGGCGCAAGAGUGCACCGCAGCAGCAUGUAUAGUUUAAGUAAUCUCCCCCCCACACCACCACCACCCUAUAAAAACAAAACAAUUAAUUACAAUACUAUAAGUCGUGAUUUUAUUGGAACAGCUACUUAAUUUAAUAUGGCUGAUUGACAGUCCAGAUGUUCAUGCUUGGCCCCUCCCCUCUGGUUUUAAGGUCGUUUCAGGUGGUUCGGUCAGCAAUCGUGCAAUGCCCUACAGAAUGAACCUUCUAAUAUCAUUCGAGUCUUAUUUUAUUACCUUCGCUUUUGACCUCGAGUAUUAGGGUCAAGACCCAAUCAGUCACUUGACAUGGGUGGGUGUCGGUCCGGUAGGAAAAUACCUCUUACAUCUUAAGAGAUCUCGGAAAAAAAUAACACUGCACCUCACUGACCUUGGUAUGCUGCAAAUGCUAACUAAACGAGUUCAACUGCAAACAUUGCUUUGAUUACAGUAUCAGUGCUAGACUUAAUGCCUGACAUUUAUUAUUCUUAACUAUUUGAGUAGUUAUAAUUGUAAGAAGUGUUCUUUUUGUGUGUGUGUGUGUAUGUGUGAGUGUCUCUUUAACACUUCUUUCUGUUUAUUGAGCCAACUUUUCAUUUUUUUGUCUUAUUUAAUUUUUUUUUUCUCAUAAUAUAUUCGAAAUAUAUAUGCGAAAUAUUUUAUGGUGUAUUUAUUAAAAGCUUGUUAAGUGCGGCUGGAGUGUCCGCAUAGUAAGCAGCAUUAAAAGGGGGGAGGGUCCGGGCAGAAAAGAGUUCCACAUCCCACACAAAUACACUUAGACGAGAGCUCUUCAGAUCCUACGCUGAAGAGCCGAUUUCUUUUGAAAACCAGUCUCCCAGAAUUCGUCUGGUUCCCCGGGGUGGUAUCCGGUGCUCAGUUUUACAUCCUGGAGAGUAGAAAGAACAUUCAUAUCAUUAUACAUGAUCACACUGACAGUAUUAUUAUCAUGGGCAGGUAUAAAACAAUACUCCUGUGUUAUAUGUUUCUACUUUCUUUUUAUUGGACUUCCUUAGUUUGACCUGCAUAUGGAAAAGGCAAUCUUACGAUUUUGUUUUGAACAAAAUAAGCACUUUUAGUUACAAUAAUACAGUUCACAAACAUAGAAUCAGUGAGAGAAGUUAUCAGGACUGGAUUUUGGACAGAUAUUUAAACACUGAAGGUGAUAAUGGACAGGAAGUUGUUCUUAGGGUACUGUUGAUUUAGCAAGUUGAAAUAUAGUGGAAUUAUUAUAUUACCGUCAGAGAGCUGAUACUCAAAAUUUCUAUCAUACUAUAUGGACACCUACACUAUAUUGCCAAAAGUGUGUGGACACCUGGUCAUGUGUGUGUUAUGAAGUUUUUCUUUUUCACAUUUAGUCCCCAAUUUGCUCUUAUAAUUCCCUCCACUCUUCUGGGAAGAUGUUCCACUUGAUUUUACUUCCACUUGAUAUCAGCCAUGAGGGUGUUAGUAAAGUCAGCUACUGAUGAAGGUGAGGAGACCUGGGGUGCAGUCAGCGUUCAAAUUCAUCCCAAAGGUGUUGGGAUGAGAUCAGAGCUCUAUAGCAGGCCAGAUCCUCUCCAAACCAUGUAAACCAUAUCUUCAUGGUGCUCACUUUGUACACAGGGGCAUUGCCAUGCUGGAACAGGUUCAAGUUUCCAAGUUCAAUCGAAUACCUAAUUUUAUUAUAUCGCACCCAAAGACCUAUAGAUUUGCGUACCCCCAGCUUUGUGGUAACAGUUUGGAGAAGAACCACAUAUGACAGGAAAGUUCAGGUGUUCCAAUACAUUUGUCCAUACAGUGUAUGAACAUCCCAUUCAUAUUUAGUCCCUGUUUGCUUUUAGCCACUAUUCUGGGAAGAUGUUUCAUUAGAUUUUGGAGAUCCUCCACUGAGAAAGUGUUUGUCAAGUACUGAUGUUGGAGAGGUGAGAAGGCCUGGAGUGCAAUCAGUUCAUCCCAAACAUGUAUGAUAGGGUUGAGGUCAGAGCUCUAUAGAGGUGGAUCUUCCACUCAAACCCAUGUAAAGCAUAUCUUCAUGGAGCUGGUUUUGUGCACAGGUGUUGUCAUGCUGGAACAGUUUUGAGUCUUCUAGUUCAAGUGAAAGGAAAAUUGAAUUCUACAGCAUACAUAGACAUUGUGCGUCCCCAACUUUGUUAGAAGAGCCACAUGGUUGGAAACGUCAGGUGUCCAGAUACUUUAGUCUAAAUAGGGUAUAUAAUAAUAAUAAUUCAAUAAAGCAUCGACCGUUGUUAAAGAUCAAGUAUUUAACCAAGUUACACCAAGUUGUUCCUCAGGCAGAGCAUCUACUCCGUCUGCCAUGUUUCUCCUUAGUGGAAUUUUCACCUAGUGAACAGAAUCGUGGGAUUGCCUUCUUGUUUGAAAUGUACUUACUCAAUAAGAUGGACCGGUUAAAGAGUCUCAUCCUGAUUAAAAAGUGACAAAUAAUUGGUUAUUAGUACAUGCAUUUUAGGUGUUAAUGACUAAACUGACACUAAGGAAAGGGAUCUGCUCCAGCCCAGACUCCAACCCUUUCUAAUGCUGCUUAUUUUCUGUUUUAGGGAACAGAGAACCACACUGAUAAUACAAUAAAGCAAAGCUGACGUGUUUCAAACCCAGAGCUGCUAAACUCCAGCCAUAAAGGUUCCCCUGCUUUUGGGAAGGGGAGGGUGGGGAGUUCGUAGUCGUGUGCUCGAGUCGAGUCGUGUCGUAGAGUCUUUUGUGCCAGAGCCAUUUAAGGAGCGAGCAGGAAGUAAAAACGAGUCCCAUUCCACUCGGGUGACAUGAGCCUCAGCCUUAACUGUUGUCGAAUAUUUGUUUUCCCUUUUUUUUUUCUUUUCCCCUUUAUUUUGGGGGGGGGUUCUGUUUAUUAAAAUGCCUUAGUUUGUAUAGAGAAGUAUGCUAACUUGCAGUCGCGUCUUAUAAACCACUAACUGUGCAACUCCCCACGUGUGAAAAUGUACAACUCGUCCAGCGUCCGGCUCCUCCAGUCCAGCACGAUAAAGACAGUCCCGAUCUGACGGCUCGCAGCUCGAUACCACCGUCUCGUCAUCAGUCCCAGGUCUCGUCUUCGGCCAUUCGUUCGUUUUUUACACAAGGGGGACAGAGACAUGCAGCCCCGGUGGAGUUCCUGCAUGAAGAGUAACGCACAUGCACAACUGUUCCUGAAUUUGUGGAUUGUUUACAAACAGUCGUUUACUAAUAAACGUCUCCAGCAUUCCUAACGAUGACUACGGGCGCUGUCUGGCGUCUCGAGUUAGCAGAUCGGCAAAAAAAAAAAUAAAGUACCUUUAAUCGACUCAAAAUGCUCCGUCUUUCGUGUCUGUCCACGGCACGGGACGCUGAACUCCACGAUACCUUCAAAGCAUAACGUUUAUCCCUAGAGGAACCAAAGUAUGCACUCUUUCAGCUAAGUGUCCUUCAGGACUGUCCUUCAGCUCGGGGGUCUCAAGGACGUUCUUCAUGAAUGUUUCAAGUCCGGGAGCUCCAUGAAUCUGUCCUCCCCCCUCCCUUCUUUGUCUCUCUCUCAAUCUCUGUGUUGCUACACCAAGGGGUCUUUUUAUUUUACUUUUAAAAGUAUUUCUUAUGUAUGUUUUGUAACUUUCUCUGAUGGCCUUUUAGUGUUGCUUUGCCUUAGAUUGAAGUGUAUCUUUCACUACUAAUUGCAAUAAAAAGAAGCUUUGCUUUUAA